AUGAAGGUGCAAUCGAUUAUUCUUGGUCUUACAGCUCUGGCCUCUGGCCAUACCAUCUUUCAGAAGGUAUCUGUUAACGGAGCUGAUCAGGGUCAGCUGAAGGGUGUUCGCGCACCGGAUAGUGACUAUCCCAUCCAAAAUGUCAACGAUGGCUCAUUUGCUUGCAACAAGGACCUUAAACAUCUUGAUAGCACCGUCAUCACCGUUCCGAGUGGAGCAAAAGUCGGAGCUUGGUGGGGUCAUGUCAUCGGAGGAGCACAGUCAGCUAACGACGCUGAUAACCCUAUCGCGAAGAGUCACAAAGGACCAAUCAUUGUCUACCUCGCUAAGGUAGACAAUGCUGCUACUGCCCAACCGACCGGUCUUAAGUGGUUCAAGGUUGCUGAAGAUGGCUUGAGCAACGGACAGUGGGCAGUCGACAAGAUGAUCGCUAAUAACGGAUGGCACUACUUCACGUUGCCUACGUGUGUUGCGCCGGGUGACUACCUCAUGCGAGUCGAGUUGAUCGCACUCCACGGUGCGCAGAUGUCAGGACAAGCUCAGUUUUAUAUGGAAUGCGCUCAGAUCCGUGUUACUGGCUCUGGAACCAAUGCUGGCUCGAACUUUGUGAGCUUCCCUGGAGCAUAUAAAUCGAACGAUCCUGGUAUCCAGGUAAAUAUCUACGAUAACAGUGGAAACCCGUACAUGGGCGGUCAGCAGUACAAGAUUCCUGGCCCUUCGGUUCUCACUUGCUAG